AUGCCAGCUCUAUGGCACUCCACGUUCUUCCUGGUGAUUGUGCUGCUUGCCAUCAGUAGGCCCAGCCUGGCAUCUCAGGCAGGUAAUGAUGACCUUCAGAUGGGCACAGAGCACAGGACUUACAAGGGCACAGAAAAUGGAACAACGAACCUUAUCACCACCCUGCCCAUCGUCACCUGGAACUGGCAAGAAAUUCAAUUCCCGUACCUGAUAGCACUCUGGAUCCUGGUCAGCUGGCUCUGCAAACUCAUGUUCCAGCUGAACCCCGGCCUGACCAGUGUGAUCCCGGAGAGCGGCCUCCUCAUUUGCAUCGGUUGGGUCCUGGGCGGCAUCAUCUACUGGGCAGACAAGGUGCAGACCUUCAGGCUGCAGCCCUUCAUCUUCUUCUACUACCUGCUGCCUCAGAUCGUCCUGGACUCGGGCUACUCAAUGCCCAACAAGCUGUUUUUCAGCAACUUGGGCUCCAUCCUGGUUUACGCUGUUAUUGGCACCUGCUGGAACGCUGCCACUUUGGGACUCGCCCUUUGGGGGUGCUGGUUGGGCGGGGCCAUAGGUGGUAUUGACAUUGGCCUUCUGCAGUUGCUGUUGUUUGGGAGUCUGAUUGCUGCUGUGGACCCUGUGGCUGUGAUUGCUGUGUUUGAGGAGGUCCAUGUCAACGAGGUCCUGUACAUCCUGGUGUUUGGGGAGUCCCUUCUCAACGACGGCGUCACAGUGGUGCUGUUCAAUGUGUUUAAUGCAUUUGUGACGCUUGGAGGGGCAAAAAUCAACGCUGUCGAGAUCAUCAAAGGCAUAGUCUCGUUCUUGGUGGUGGCGCUCGGAGGCUCCCUGGUUGGCGUUAUCUUUGGUCUGCUGAUCUCGCUCUUGACCAGAUGCACCAAGAACAUCCAGAUUAUCGAGGCAGGCUUCGUCUUCGUCCUGGGCUACCUCUGUUACCUCACAGCCGAGAUGUUCUCGUUGUCUUCUAUCCUUUCGUGUACGUUCUAUGGCGUCUGCUGUCAGAAGUAUAUCAAUGCCAACAUGGACGAGAGGUCAGUCAGCACGGUACGAUACGUAAUGAAGGUGUUCGCAAAUGGCUCAGAGACCAUCAUCUUCGUCUUCCUCGGCAUCACGGCCAUAGAUCCGUCUAUAUGGGUGUGGAACACAGCCUUUAUCUUCCUCACUCUCCUCUUCAUCUUUGUGUUCAGGUUCAUAGGGGAUCCGGCCACUCGAUCUGGUCGCGGCUCGCCUACAGACAUCAAAGAACCCAAACUCCAGUGGAGGAAUGGCAUCUUCUGUCUUCGAGGCUGUCCCACCUAA